CCAUUCAAAUCAAUCCAAUAGAAGCUACUGGAAGAAAGCAAGCAGCUGGUCACCGCAAAACCAGUAGACAAAAAAGGCCUACAGCAGUCGUCUCGUACCUUCGCAAAAGCGGUAGGGGGAAACAAGAUAUCGUAUUAUCGCCGUGAUUUUCCAAAACCGUAGAACCUUGCCGUAACCGGUACAGGAUGGACGCAGCCAAAUUGAACGAGCUUAAGAAUUUCAUCGAUCGGUGCCAAUCCAAUCCCUCCAUCCUCAGUGAUCCCUCUCUCUCCUUCUUCCGCGACUAUCUCGAAAGCCUCGGCGCUAAGCUCCCUUCCUCUGCAUAUGAGGGCGACUCCAAAUCAAAGAGUUAUGUGGUGGAGGAGAGUGACGAAGAGAUGGCGGAUACUGAAGAAGUCAAAGUGCAUUUUGAGGAAGAAGAAGAGGAGGAUGAGAUAAUUGAAUCGGAUGUAGAGCUUGAAGGCGAGACUGUGGAGCCUGAUAAUGAUCCUCCGCAGAAGAUGGGAGAUCCUAGUGUUGAGGUGACAGAUGAGAGCCGCGAAGCUUCUCAAGCAGCUAAGGCCAAAGCCAUGGAAGCUCUUUCUGAAGGAAAGUUCGAUGAAGCUGUUGAGCAUCUGACUGAGGCCAUCUUGCUGAAUCCAACAUCUGCAAUUAUGUACGGAACAAGAGCUAGUGUUUAUAUCAAGAUGAAGAAACCCAAUGCUGCCAUUCGAGAUGCCAAUGCAGCUUUAGAGAUUAACCCAGAUUCUGCCAAGGGUUAUAAGUCUCGUGGCAUUGCACGAGCAAUGCUUGGUCAGUGGGAAGAGGCUGCAAAGGAUCUGCAUCUUGCAUCAAAGUUAGAUUAUGAUGAGGAGAUCAAUAGUGUACUUAAAAAGGUUGAACCAAAUGCACACCGUCUUGAGGAACAUCGCAGGAAGUAUGAAAGGUUGCACAAAGAGAGAGAGGAAAGAAAGAUUGAGCGUGAACGACAGCGUCGCCGUGCUGAAGCUCAGGCUGCAUAUGAAAAGGCUAAGAAGCAAGAGCAAUCAUCAUCCAGUGGAAAACAUGGAAGCAUGCCAAGUGGUUUUCCAGGUGGAAUGCCUGGAGGUUUCCCUGGUGGCAUGCCCAGUGGAAUGCCUGGAGGUUUCCCUGGUGGCAUGCCUGGGGGAAUGCCUGGUGGUUUCCCUGGAGGCAUGCCCGGUGGAAUGCCUGAUUACAGCAAAAUAUUGAAUGACCCUGAAUUGGUGGCAGCAUUUAGUGAUCCAGAAGUUAUGGCUGCUCUUCAAGAUGUGAUGAAGAACCCUGCUAAUCUUGCAAAGCAUCAAGCAAAUCCAAAGGUAGCUCCCGUGAUUGCAAAGAUGAUGAGCAAAUUUGCUGGGCCAAAGUGAAUAGCUUUUAUUUUCGAGUCAAUGGCACAUCGAAGUGACCUUUUAAUGUUGAUUUCAAGGCGUCCAGGUCAGCAAAUCGUGUUUUAAGUAGUUCUUUUCAUUAUCAUUUACCUUGCACAUGAAGAGUGUUUAAAGCUUUCUAAAACGGGAGAUGAACACAGUUACAAGCCUUUGUUUGCUUGCUUGCUAAAAUUGGAGUUCUACAUGCCAUUAACUUUGGAAAGUGGGCCCUGGGCCCUUGGAUUCUUAUCACUUACAAGCCUUUGUUUUGCUUGCUUUGCAUAUGGUUUGAUUUGUGAUGUCCAAGGUAGGAAGUUGGCUCACUUUUCUCACUUUAACGGAUUCAGCCUCACUAGAUCCUCAAAACCCUCAGCUUUACAUUCAAAUAAAAUCGUCCUUUUUUA